UAUAAGUGGGAGCGCAAGUACGUUCGUAUUUACGAUGUUUGCCAGCGAGUGAAGCCUGCGCCUCACUCGCAGGCUCCUCUGCAACCACUACCGACUCCGCCGGAGUGUUGGGAGUCCGUUUCGAUGGACUUCGUGUUUGGUCUUCCGCGCGAUUCCAUGCAAGAUGGUGCAUCUCGCUGCUGUCGCAGCGGAGGUGAUCUCCGUCCAGACGGCACGUCUGUUCGUCGACAUGGUGUUCAAACACCAUGGCAUGCCCAACGACUCGACUUUGUGUCGGACCGCGAUCCUCGCUUCACGGCGCGUUUCUGGCUAGAAGUGUUCACACUUCUUGGAACACGGUUCUCUAUGUCGACUGCGGAUCAUCCGCAGACGGACGGACAAACCGAGCGCGUGAACCGCGUGCUCGUGGACUUGCUGAAAAGCUACGCCCAGUCGUUCCACAACAGGAGCGACUACUUGCCGAUGGCCGAGUUUGCCAUCAACAGCGCGGUGCAUGCCUCGACCGGACAUACACCGUUCUUCGUGAACGCCAUGCGGCAUCCACACCUUCCGAGCACGCUCGGGGUGGUGGCUUCCUCUUUAAGUGGGGGAGGAUCUAUGGUUGCGUCCGAACAACCGCAGAAGACAGCUGAUACGAACCUAUCAGCCGCGAUGACACGUGCGAGAGCGAGAGCCCGCACACGGCAAAGCGACGUGUCAGUGCCGGGCACUGACACUGUGAAGAACCACGAGCAGGCGACACCUGCUGCGACCAAGGACAAUGUAUCUGUGCGGGGCACAGACACCGAAAAGACUCACGCACAGGCUGAACCUGUUGCAAUCACACACAAAGUGUCAGUGCCGGGCACUGACACCCCAAAGAGCCACGCACAGUCUGGGACUGAUGCGACUACAAGUGGCGAGGGACAGACGCGGACAAGACCAAUGAUGGACCCGGGGUUCAGCUCUCAAGCAAUGGACUUUGUCCACGAACGACAAGCAGUCGUUCGCUUUGUACAAGACGCAAUUGCAGCUUCUGCGGAUAGGCAGAAGCUGAACGCAGAAAAUAAUGGAAAAGGUAAUACAAAUGAAUUCCAAAUUGGUUCAUUAGUUUUGUUAUCAACGCAAAACUUGCCUACUCAUGCGGUUUCUGGAUUCGGAGCAAGUAAGCUUGCUCCGCGCUUCCUUGGGCCGUUCAAGGUGACCGAACGCCACGGCAGCGCGUACACGUUGGAACUUCCUUCCGAUAUGAGACUUCACCCAACGUUCUACGUCGGGCGAUUGAAGACAUACGCGCAACCCGAGUCAUCUAGUCAUGAUGACUCGCCGACGACGACGCGCGGAGCGUCCUCACCUUCUCCUCAAGCCGCUUCACCCUCUCCUGGAGAAGGAGAACAUGUUAUCAAUACGGAUGCUUGA